AGAUUAAAAGGAGAGUAGGGAGCCCCCGCCGGUCUAGGCAAUCUCGCCGGAGCCGAGGGGUGCGAACCUCUUAACCUUCACACCCCCCUCUCUCUCUCUCUCUCUCUCUCUCUCUCUCUCUCCUUUGUGUUUUUUUCUUGUAAGCGAGCGAGGCCCAAAAAGCCAAAGAGAGAGAGGAGGGUUCGCUCUCUUUCUCUCCGUUCCAUCCAAACCCUAAUAUUCUCCUUCUCUACUCCGAAUCUGUUCUUCGUCUUUUUCUGCAAAUCUAGGGUUCUCGACCUUUCUGAUAAUCAAAAUCGCAUCUCUUUGGCUGGUUUCUUGCUCUAAAAGCCCUAACUUGGUCGCUGGUUACCUUUAUUUUUGCUCGGGUGUUGUCAUAUUAUGUUGAGAGGAGGGGAUUGAUACACUUUUCCAUUCACAAAGUGUGCAGUCGAGCAGAGAAGAGGGGAGGACAUGUAUAGAGAACGAGGCGGCGGUGGAUCGAAGUCGGAGAUCGGGCCUAUAGAUCGUAAGCGGAUCAAUGAUGCCCUAGACAAGGUUUUGGAGAAAUCGUCACCUUCGACGUCUAAGGGUUUGAACGGCAAGGACAAGGAUAGGUUAUCUGUCCCGUCCACUUCCGCCGGCAAGGUACCGCCUGAUCACAGGGACACUCGUUCUGCAUCUCUUUCCAAGAACAAGUGCUCGGAUGAGGAAUCUGAAACAGACAGUGAAGAGUCGGAUGUUAGCGGUUCUGAUGGUGAUGACACAUCUUGGAUUUCAUGGUUUUGCAAUCUGCGUGGGAAUGAAUUUUUCUGCGAAGUUGAUGAUGAAUACAUCCAAGACGACUUCAACCUUUGUGGUUUAAGCAGUCAAGUUCCCUACUAUGAAUAUGCACUUGAUUUGAUUUUGGACGUUGAAUCCUCUCAUGGUGAUAUGUUUACUGAGGAACAAAAUGAAUUAGUUGAAUCAGCUGCCGAGAUGCUUUAUGGGCUGAUUCAUGUCAGAUAUAUAUUAACCAGCAAAGGAAUGAAUGCAAUGUUGGAGAAGUACAAGAACUAUGAUUUUGGGAGAUGUCCUAGGGUUUACUGUUGUGGGCAGCCCUGCCUUCCAGUUGGCCAAUCGGACAUUCCUCGGUCAAGCACUGUGAAAAUCUACUGUCCAAAGUGUGAAGAUAUUUACUAUCCAAGAUCGAAGUACCAAGGCAACAUUGAUGGAGCUUACUUCGGAACUACAUUUCCUCACCUCUUUCUGAUGACUUAUGGACAUCUCAAGCCACAGAAGGCACCACAAAGCUAUGUUCCGCGAAUAUUUGGCUUCAAGAUUCAUAAACCAUGAUGCUGGAGUUGCUGGCUGCAAUUAGAUCAGAAUCGUGAAGUUUAAACAUCCAAAAAUCUCUUCAUGCUGCUUCUGUUGGGGGAGAAAUGGCUCUUGAGAGAGCAAGGUAGGGUUCGAAAGCCUCCAAAAAUAUUGCAACUGGUUUCAUCUCUUUUUACAUAUAGGAAAAUGUUUAAAAGCAACUUGACCUACCCAGCGAUCUAUUAUUCCUUUCAAUUUUAGCCAUGUAUUCACAAAUCAUUUGUAAUCUUUCUUCUUUCUUUUGUUCCCUUGGUUGAGAAGUGUUCGAGAUGCCUUCCAGUGAGGGUUUCCGUGGUCUUGAUUUCACUCUUUUUUUUGGUGUUUUAUUUACCCUUACCCCCCCUUCCCCCUUCAAGAUCAUUGGUCCCUCAGGUAACCAUCUAAAUUCGAGGGAUAGCAUUUUCUUUCCUGUCUUCUCUAAUGCUGGUUUCGUUUCCUCAUUUUUCUUUACUAGAUCUUCUUUAAUUAAUGCUUAUGCUUUCAUGAAAUUUCGAGUCAAAAGUAGUCAACCAAUUUGGAUGCAAGGCAUUAUCGGUUCAGAGCAUUAAUUCACGAAGAUAAGAGGAGAUUAUAUCGAGAGUGGAGAUGUAGAGGCGGUCACUGUUUGCACAUUCUUGAGUAAUUCUGAGUUUGUGAAAUUCUUUUGGGAUGAUGAUUUUCUUUUUUUUUUAUUCAAUUGUUUUUAAGGUUCAUCAUAUUUAGACGAUUGCUAUGCUCUAUGUUGGUAAUAGGGUUAGAAAACGUCAGAUUGGCAAUGCUUUACGUUUGCUUUCUCCACUCCGAUCCAUGUAAUCUCGGUGCUCUCUUGUUUUGGGUCUUUUCUCAAGCAGGUCAAUGCCAAAUUUUCAAGGGCUUUAUUUCUUCCA